AUUUUACCUAGAUAAGUAGUACGUACCUACCUUAACUAGUUUACGAAAUGAAGAGGUGAUUGACGCGUAACGCAUUUUACGUACAUUUUCCUAAUGAAAUAAAUUUAAUUAUUGUCUCAUUUAAAUAAACGUGUAAAAAUACUUGUUCCCUCUUGUGCGUGUCUGCGAGGUAAUAACAUGACGUAAAAUAUAUAAUACGUGUGCAAUAUUACUUCAUAAAAUGGGACACAAGUAAAACAAGCUCUUCACCUUCGAGCCUUUGUCCCCUUUUUUUCUUGAUUGCAAACAUUCUUAACAAUGGGCUUGCUCAUUUCGAAGAUUUGGAGCUUGUUCGGAAAUGAAGAACAUAAGCUUGUCCUCGUUGGCCUAGACAAUGCUGGCAAAACAACGAUAUUGUAUCAGCUCUUACUUGGUGAAGCAGUACAUACGAGACCUACAAUCGGAUCCAACGUCGAGGAAGUCGUUUGGAGGAACCUUCGCUUUGUGAUGUGGGACCUUGGCGGGCAACAGAGUUUGCGAUCAGCGUGGAACACCUACUACACCAAUAGUGAGUUCGUGAUAAUGGUGAUCGACUCAACCGACCGUCAAAGGUUAACCAUAAGUAGAGAGGAACUUCAUCGGAUGUUAACACACGAAGAACUCAGCAAAGCCUGCCUUCUAGUUUUUGCUAACAAACAGGAUGUAAAAGGUUCAAUGACCGCCGCUGAAAUAUCAGAACAGUUGGAUCUUACUUCUAUAAAACAACACCCGUGGCACAUACAGGCUUGCUGCGCCCUAACUGGAGAAGGUUUACACUUGGGCUUGGAGUGGAUAGCUAGCAGAAUAAAGAAGAAAUGACAUGACGCCGAUUGCUAAGAGUACAAUUAGAGGACAUUGUUAACGUUACUUUCUUUCGACGACGAAGUAUAUUUUUAAUAAUUAAUAAAUAUAAAGUGUAAAUGUAUUUUAAAUUCUAACUAAUAAAUUUAUAAUAAGAUGUGAAAAAUAUAAGAGUUUACGAUGUUUUUAGAUGGAUGGGAUUUAAUAAAACAUGUUCUUACAA